UCCUCGGGAAGGACGGGACGGAGUUGGACGAAAGUUUCAAGGAGUUUGGGAAAAACCGCGAAGUCAUGGGGCUCUGUCGCGAAGACAUGCCAAUAUUUGGUCUCUGUCCAGCCCACGAUGAUUUCUACUUGGUGGUGUGUAACGACUGUAAUCAGGUUGUCAAACCGCAGGCAUUUCAAUCGCAUUAUGAAAGAAGACACAGCUCAUCCAGCAAGCCGCCUUUGGCCGUUCCUCCCACGUCAGUGUUUUCCUUCUUCCCUUCUCUGUCCAGAAGCAAAGGGGGCAGUGGGAGCGGAGGCAGCCGCCCUUCCAGUGGAGGUGUUGUAGGCACGUCGUCGUUCAGUUCCAAGUUGUUGAAAUCGCCCAAAGAGAAACUGCAACUCAGGGGGAACAGGCCAAUGCACCCCAUUCAGCAAAACAGAGUCCCCCACGGUAGAAUCAUGACGCCCUCCGUCAAAGUGGAAAAGAUCCUUCCGAAGAUGGACGGCACACUACUGAAACCUGCGGUGGGGCCCGCCUGUCCUGCUACUGUGAGCUCCUCAGUCAAGCCUGGCCUUAACUGCCCCUCCAUACCAAAGCCGCCCUUGCCUUCACCUGGGCAGGUUCUGAACGGCAAAGGGCUCCCUGCACCUCCCACUCUGGAAAAGAAGUCUGAAGAUAAUUCCAAUAACAGGAAAUUUUUAAAUAAGAGAUUAUCAGAAAGAGAGUUUGAUCCUGACAUACACUGCGGGGUCAUCGACCUCGACACCAAGAAGCCCUGCACCCGGUCUUUGACGUGCAAGACACAUUCCUUAACCCAGCGGAGGGCUGUCCAGGGUAGAAGAAAACGAUUUGAUGUGUUAUUAGCCGAGCACAAAAACAAAACCAGGGAAAAGGAAUCGAUUCGCCAUCUGGACUCUCAGCAACCAACACAGCUUCUCAGGGACCCGCAUCCCGCCCCUCCUAGGACUUCGCAGGAGCCACACCCAAACUCUCACGGAGUGAUUCCUUCUGAAUCGAAGCCUUUCGUAGCCAGUAAACCUAAACCUCACACCCCCAGUCUUCCAAGGCCUCCAGGCUGCCCUGCUCAGCAAGGUGGGAGUGCCCCCAUUGACCCUCCUCCAGUCCAUGAAUCUCCACACCCUCCCCUGCCUGCCACUGAGCCAGCUUCUCGGUUAUCCAGUGAGGAGGGAGAAGGCGAUGACAAAGAAGAGUCUGUUGAAAAACUGGACUGUCAUUAUUCAGGUCAUCAUCCUCAGCCAGCAUCUUUUUGCACAUUCGGGAGCCGGCAGAUUGGAAGAGGCUAUUACGUGUUUGACUCCAGGUGGAACCGGCUUCGCUGCGCCCUCAACCUCAUGGUGGAGAAGCAUCUGAAUGCGCAGCUGUGGAAGAAAAUCCCACCAGUGCCCAGUACAUCACCCGUCUCCACACGUGUUCCUCAUCGGACAAACUCUGUGCCGACGUCACAGUGUGGGGUCAGCUGUGUGGCAGCAGCCACCGUGUCUCCAUCCCCCGUCCUGCUCGCGUCCACCUGCAUCUCCCCCAACAGCAAAUCGGUACCAGCUCAUGGAACCACACUGAAUGCACAGCCCGCCGCCUCGGGGGCGCUGGAUCCGGUGUGCAGUAUGCAAUCCAGACAAGGGCCCUCCUCCUCCUCCUCCCCCUCCACGCCCUCAGGCCUGUCCUCCGUGCCCUCCUCCCCCAUGUCCAGGAAACCUCAGAAGUUGAAAUCCAGCAAGUCUUUAAGGCCCAAGGAGUCUUCUGGUCACAGCGCUAACUGUCACAACGCCAGUAGCAGUACCAGCGGCGGCUCAGGAAAGAAACGCAAAAACGCUUCCCCGCUGUUAGUUCCCUCCUCCUCCUCCUCCUCCUCCUCCUGCUCGUCUUCUCAUUCCAUGGAGUCUGUUAGGAAAAACUGCGUGGCUCACUCGGGGCCUCCCCACCCCGCAGCGGUCGCGUCCUCGCACGGCCUUGGCCUCAACUGCGUGGCCCACAGAGCGAACUCGGUGAGCGCCCGGCACGACCCGGCGGGGAGGGGCCCCCCUGGCGGGAGCCCGGCCGAGCCCAUCAAGAGGAUGAGCGUGGUGGUGAGCAGCAGCGACUCCACGCUCUGCCUCGGCCCGCUCGUCCACCAGGCCAGCGAGCUGCCCGUCAGCUCGCACGGCGGCUACCCGCACGCGCACACGCCCCUGGACAAGCUCGUAGGAAAGAAAAGAAAGUGCUCGCCCGGCUCGAGCAGCAUCGGUGGUGGCGGUGGUGGCGGCGGCGGCGGCGGCAGCAGCAAACCGAGCAAGGUUGCCAAACUGUCAGCCAUGAACCACGUGCACGUGAAACACCCGGGUCCCAGCGCGGGGGCCCCAGGACUGACGAACAGUUCCCUCCUCCAUCAGCCAAAGGCGCGUCCCUGACAGCUGAAAGUAGCACGGGGAGGAGUAUCUGGACACUUUUGACGACAAGUUACACCUCCACUCAGCACUCUGGACGCCACGAUGCCUUUGAGUCUGUUUUCCCAACCUCCUGUGGGCCUCGAGGGUAGGACUCUGCCGGGCUGUUGUUUUCCCGAGGAUGUCCCCGAAGCUCUGUCUGUAGCAGUGAGUACUUGUAAAGGACCCUGGGUCGAGUUCAGCCACCCGGUUGCUUUAUCAGUGUUAAAGGGGUCUGGACCGCGCGCUCCGAUCCAUGGGAAGCUCCCGCCUCGCUGUCGAACCUGCAGUGUAUCUCGGAGUCCCUCUUGGAGGAGGUUGGCUGGGCACAGAAUGUCUUGGCGAGAGCGAGACGGUAGACUUUCCUCCCUCCCUCCCUCCUCUCCCCUCCCUGGCUCUUUUCUCACCCUGUCGUCUGUCGGUCCCUCUCCAGCUGUCAGGCACCUGACCUGGAGACACCUCCCCAGGGGGCGCGCAGAGCUGCACCCCGAGCAGCCCUCUCGAGGAAGGGCAUCUGCUGGUGGCUUUCUGUAGCAGUGUGCCGGGAGUGGGAUUCGGACGGUAGCGCGAGGCGCCCUGAGGAAAGCGCCUGUGUCUGUGCUCAGCCUUGGCAAGUAAUUUGGGAUCAGAAGCCGUCAAGUUUGUCACGUACAGACAGGUUUAAAGCCAUUGAUGCCCAGAGAGCAAGUAUUUUAGAGGCUAACUUUUCAUGGUACAAGAGCAAUUCUGUGUGAUUUUUGUUUGUUUUUAAAAAGAAAAUGCAAAUACAGUUUUGAUAAUGGAAAGCCAAAUUUCGGUUGGGGGGGUGGAUAAAAUCACUGUAGGGGGAAGAUACUUUCCAAGAUUUCCAAAGAGAUGGAAUUUUUUUUGACUUUUAAGUGUUCACGUUACACAGUCUGCCACUAGGCUGGUUGUCCUGCCCAGUCUUGUGUUUUUUAAAAAAAAAUUGCCUUUGUAAAAUCAAGUAAUUAGGUUGCGGCGCAAACUGUCAUUCACAGAGUCAUCGACACACUUAAAUGUUUCCAAGGCACUCUGCAUUUUAUCCUCAGCCUCUUCUUUCGGAUACAGUCCUGGGACUAAAACAUUUCCGCUUGGAGUACUCCGUGUGUUGCGUGUCUCCACGCCCCUUCCUGCACGACACAUGUCGCUGUGGGUGCCGUCGGGGUGGGGAGCCGACACCCAGGGAGGGGCGGGGGUGAGCGUGUACACGUCCCCUCGCGGUAGUGAUGUGACGCGCGCCUGGCCCCUGACAUACCUUCUUUCAGGGGACUGACGCCUGCCGUCUCCCUGAGAGCUCUGGGGACCCUCCAGGGUGUUUUUUUCUAGUACCCCGCCCCGAAGAAAGACCCUGAGAGGAGAAGACACCAUUGCUUGAGAAGGUAUCGUUGAAUUUGGGGGAUGAGCUGGAGCUUUUUAACACAUGAUUCCACCACCGCAGCUCCUGAAAGGAGAACCAGGCACUUCUGCUUAGAAGACACAGAGUUGCCGAACACGGGGUAAACUUCCCAAGGCUCUGAGCGUCGCUCCAGGCAGGGCUGGGACAGAGCCAGUCAGUGCAUCCAUUUUCCUUACAGUUCUUGGGUUACAGACAUCAGUUUCAGGGAAUUUCAAGUCAACAGCAGGUAGAGUGAAUAAAUACUUGGUUACCAGCCUAAUAAUGUGAAUCGCUACAGAAUUCUUCUUCUUAUGUGAGAUAAGAAAAACUUCAUGCAGAUACUUUAGCUAUAAAUUGAUGUAAGAUACUGAUUUUGUUUUUAAAGGAAGGGGAGGACAGUAUCUUGUUCACUUAUUAUGCAAUCAAUCAGUAAAUGUUUUCUAAAUGAUACUGUAAGAGAGCUUGUAAGCAGAGAGCUUGGAUGGGCCAGUUUGGUGUAGUUAGGAGAAAUCAGUCUGGUUGCUCCAUCCCAGCAGAGGGAGAGAAAGGAGGUAAGGGGGAAUCAGAACGUACUUCGUUGAUUCCUUGGUGACAAGUGCAAUGGGGUCGGGGUAGAAUUUAUUCUCAGAGCCAAGGGGACUUGAUGGUUAUAAAGUUGCUUUUAGCGACGGAAUUUAUAGACAGAUCAUGUUGUUCCAGAAGAUGUGAAUGAGAUCCGCGAUAGCAGGUUGAUUCAGAAUCAUGUAGAUAACUUAGAUUAGCACGUCCUGAUCAUCUGGUUUCUUAGACUGAGGUUUUAACUGAAUUUCAUUAUUGUCUCCCGGUCGUACACGGAGCAUCGGGAAUAGGAAAUUAGCCAUUUUGGAUUCUGCCUGCCACAAACAGACCUAUUCUAAACAGUGCUAUUAAAUUUUAGACUGUUGUUCAAAUAUUUUAUUUUCUCCUACAGCGACUUUUUAUGACGACGAACAAUUAAGACCAUUUAAAACAUGGGAGUACAAGUAUUUUUUUGAAUUAAAUUAACUUGCAGAAACCAAAUUUGCAGUGGUUGGGUUGUUUCUAGACAGACUUUGGUAUCAAUUUAAAACCAAGAUAAUUUUUUAUAUUCUUUCCAAUAGAAUUUCACGACAACUCCUGCAGUUUUCUUAACCUACAAAAAAAAAAAAAAGUGCUGCAAUGAUGAACAAAGAAUUAUACAAAACCUACUUUUGUAUCUUUAUUUUGGAAUUUCUUGUUCUAUUAUAAAUAUGGAAGUAUCCCUAUUUCAGAAGACAUAUUUUGUUAAAAAUGAAUUGUACAUAUUUAAAUAUGUAUUUUUGCACAGGUCUUUUUUUCUGAUAUCCUGUUUUGGUACAAUUGAGAUCAUCUAGUAUUUAUUUAUUAAUUAAUAAAAGUAAAUACCUUUUUAUAAUUUGAAGUGGUUCACUGCCAAGCCAAUAGUUCUAGAACCUGCCUCCUUUACAGUUUAAGGGAUGCGUCUGUUCUGUGAAAGCCUUUGUCCCUUUCCAUGUCUCGGGAGUGGAUUCAUACAGAUGAAGUGGGCAUUGCUUCCCCCUAGUUGCCUGAUUUCCUGAUAGACUACAUGUAAUAAAUGACACACUGCUUUUCCUUCGUUAGUGUUGUGCGUGUGAGCGUGUGUGCGCGUGCGCGCGCGCCCGUGUGUGUGUGUGUGUGUGUGUGUGCGCCCUGAGCACGUGUGUUAGUACGUGAUGUGAUGAAAACAAAUGGAAAAAAACUGAAAGUGCCUGAACCUAGUUUUAAGCUUAGACACAUACUUUAAAAAGACUUGAAUGUUCAGUUGAACUUUUGGAGUUUGCUUUUUCCACCUAAAUAUUGUUAACUAAAAUUUUAAGAGGAGGAGUUGAAAACCACCAAAUGCUGGUCAUUUUAUAAGGUAUUUUAAAAUGAAGACCUUUUGGGUCACAGUAAUUCAACUGGUGAUGGAUUGCCCGGUGGCACCAAGGGUUAAUACAUCUUCUUGUCAGCCAGCAACUUAACAAAAUGCGUCCGUUUUGUUACUCACUCGUGAAACGCAGAGUUUAAAAUAGAAUAUUUAAAAUAUUUUGUAUUCCAAAAAUAUAAUACAAAGUACCUCUGAGAACACUGAAAAACAAUGUAUAAUUGAAAAAUGUAACUUAUAAAGGCAGCUGUCUUCCUGCAAGAGUUCUGUUGCCAAGGAAUUUCUUAGUAUCUCUCAUUCUGUCCUGCGGGGGGGAGAAAUUGGGCUUUGGAAGAUGAUUGUUUAAAGUUUUAUUGUUUAGCAGAAAAUAAUCAUUUUUGCAUUUUGUGCAGAACCUUUUACAUUUUCAGAUCAUUAAAUGAGCACUACAUACUGUCAGUGUGAAUGUAGGGCCUUGAAAGCAUUUUGCUGUUUUGUUUUUUUUUUUUUGAGCUUGGUUAUAAGAGCAAUCUCCUGUGUUAAAAUGUGUGAAUAGUUUGAUCAUUUGUACACAUAAUCAAGAACAUCUCAGCUGGACUCUGUGUUGGCUGCUGUAUAGAACAUGAACAAAUGUCAAGGGAUAGAAAAUUACUUUGGAUAUUUAAAAGAGAAGAAAUAUAUAGUCUAUUUGUUUUGUAACAAGUUUCUGUAAAUAAAAUAAUUUAUACUAUUUAUAAGAAAAAGUUGUGCUUUGCUUUAUGAGAAAUUAGUCUGUGGAACAAACAUGUUACAAACGGGCAAUAAAACUAGGACUUCUCAAUAAAUGAGGUUGGCUGCAUGAAAUGCUUCA